UCAGAAAAUGUGACAGAACCCAAGAAAAGCGUUGAAUCCUGGAGAGCGUUUUAGACCGAAGCUCCAAAUCUGGCAUCAAAAGCGCGACUUCUCUUAUGUAAUUGGCCGAGCGACCGAAGCAGAAGCGAAAAAUUGAGUAAAAAAUGAUGCAGCAGCAGCAGCAGCAGCAGCUUCUGCUUACUGCUUCACCACCACCAGUACGCAAGUUCUUGAUACCCUCUUCACCAAUUCCACUAACUUCCUCCAACCUGUCCAUUCCUCUGCCUAAACUCUCUUUUUCUUCACGACCCUUUUGCAAUCCCAGCCUCCCACUGCGUUUUACCGCCACCCCAUCUCGCCUCAUCUGCAAAUUCGACAAUAACAACUCAGAUAUGGUAUCACAGUUGGAACUUGGGAAGCUCGAAGGGAGGCAGAAACCAGAGAAGCGUGUGAAUGGGAUAUUCUGGAUUCUACUUCUUAAUCUUGGAAUAUAUGUUGCUGAUCAUGUAUUUCAGGUGCGUGCAAUUAAAGCUUUGUAUUUGUAUCACAACUGGCCUGCUUGGUAUCAAUUUUUGACUGCAACAUUCUGCCAUUUUAAUUGGAAGCAUCUUUCAAGUAACCUGUUCUUCUUGUAUAUAUUUGGUAAACUUGUUGAAGAGGAAGAAGGAAACUUUGGGUUAUGGCUUUCAUACAUCAUAACAGGUGCUGGAGCAAAUCUUGUUUCAUGGCUGGUUCUCCCAAGAAAUGCUGUCUCUGUUGGAGCAUCUGGUGCAGUUUUCGGACUCUUUGCAAUUAGUGUCCUUGUGAAGAUGUCUUUGGACUGGAGGAAGAUUCUUGAGGUACUUAUAUUGGGCCAAUUUGUAAUUGAAAAGGUGAUGGAAGCAGCACAAGCUUCAACAGGGUUAGCGGGUGGUUUUCGAGGAGGCUUUGCCUUACAGAAUGUCAAUCACAUAGCACAUCUCUCUGGUGCCCUAUUUGGUGUAGCUCUGAUAUGGCUUCUCAGCAGAUUUCCCUCACAACCAUCAAAUACGAGUACCUCAAACAUGCAGAGGAGAAAAGACUGACUGAUAUUAAACAAUCUAGCUUUUAGAAGUUUGAUUGAUGCCUUUGUGUGUCAAUCAAAAUUUCACCCUGUAUUUGUAAGUAGACUGAAACAGAAAUCAACACGAUUAAGGUUUAAGCAAUUACCUAGCAAUGUUCUGGGUUAAGCAUUUC